AUGACUAAUGGACUCUCAAACCCUCGAAAUCAUGCUUCUAGCUCGAGUGCAUCUACUAAAGCUGAAAAACGAAAAGAGUAUCAAAAAAGAUACUAUGCUGCACGCAAAGAAAAUAACAAAGUAUCUAAAUUUGGGAGUGGUGAUGCCCCCCAAAGUGCUUCAUCAAUAUCUUUAAUGAAUAAUAGGUCAACAGAAAGGACACCGUUAAGAAGUUUACAAACUAAUAUUACUCAAUUUCUACAAACAACAAAUGAGAACGCCUCAAGUGUUUCUACUACAAAAUGCAAGGAGUACAAUGAAGGAUGUUCUAAUACACCAAACGAUAAUGGAAUGCGUAUUUCAAAUGGCAGUCAAGUCAACCAAACCCCGAUAGAUGAUGUAAUUGACGUAGUCAGGCAUAGAACAUCACGAGGUAUUCAAAUUCAUCCGCGUACUUUAUUACCCCAAUUUGCUGAAGUAGUUGAUCAACCUUCCCUCCAACAUGGGAGCGUAGAAGAUGAUCCUUAUAAUUUUGUUUACAAUGGUGUACCUGGAGAGCAUCGUGUUUUAAAGGAACGAGCCGCAUGUCCUAAUUGUGGAGCAAAACGAUUUCAAUUUGAAUUUGAUACCUUUUGUUGUAUGAGUGGGAAAACCGUGUUAGCAAACUUAGAAAUUCCAGAGGAAUUGUACCGACUUUUCACGUCUCAAGAUGAAAUUGGAGAUUUGUUUAGGAAAAACAUCCGUGCUUAUAACACCAAUUUUUCUUUUGCCUCAAUGGGUGUGACAUUGGAUGAUACAUUGAACAAUAUGAGAGACGGCGUAUAUACUUUUCGUGCACAUAAAGGAAUAUAUCACAGAAUCGACCAAUUAGUUCCGAGGGAUGGGACUCCUAGGUACUUGCAGUUGUAUUUUUACGAUCCUGAUACUGAGUUAGAUCACAGACUCCGAUGGCCAAAUCUUGAUCGGCGUAUUACUCAGAUUUUAACACGCGUUCUUUCUACAAACCCAUAUGUCGAUACAUUUAGAAGACUUGCGGAACUAGGACCUCUGGACAACUAUAGAGUCACUUUGAAUACUUCGGUUGAACUUGACCAAAGGGUGUACAACCGACCAACGACAUCGGAGGUUGUUGGUAUUUGGGUUGAAGGUAAUGACAAUAUCACUUCGUAUAAACGAAGUAUUGUAGUGUACGGUAGGUCUGAAUAUAGCCAAACUAUUCAGCCGUACUUCAGUUGUUACGAUCCAUUGUCGUAUCCUUUAUUUUUUCCUAAUGGUGAGUCGGGUUGGCAUGCUAACAUACCACGUCAAGGAGUAUCAAUCAAUGAGGUUCGCAACAAUGACAACAUCGAAGGAGAAAUGGAAGAGGCUAACACACGAAGUGGUAGAACAACCGUGGCUAUGCGAGAGUACUACUGUUACAAGUUCCAGAUUCGAUCUACCGAUAAUGUGCUUUUGUUCGGUGGUAGGCUGCUACAGCACAUUCAAACAUGUUACACUAAGUACAAAGAUAGGUUCGAGAUACGAGUUGUCACAGAUGUUUACAUCAAAAUUGAGACGUCACGCUUAGAAUUUUGUGAGAGAAACCAGGAAAAAAUUCGAGCCGAAUUGUACCAAGGUAUUGUGGAUUGCGUCAAUACUGGCGAGGUUCAUGCAAACAGAGUCGGGAAAAGAAUUGUGUUGCCUGCAUCUUUCAUCGGGGGGCCUCGCGACAUGCGACGUCGGUUUCUAGAUGCGAUGACGUUAGUUCAAGACGACGGCAAGCCUGAUGUAUUCCUUACAAUGACAUGUAAUCCUAAGUGGCCUGAGAUAUGUGAUAACUUACAUGUUGGUCAAACUGCUACAGAUCGUCCAGACCUUGUUUCAAGAGUGUUCCGGGCUAAAUUAGAAGAUCUUAAGGAUCAACUCUUCAAGAAACAUGUCCUCGGGGAAGUUAAGUCAUACGUCUAUGUCAUUGAAUUUCAAAAGCGGGGUUUGCCGCACGCACAUUUUCUCCUAAUCAUGUACCCGCAACACAAGAUCAAUAACGCGGACCAUUAUGAUAAGGUUGUGUGUGCUGAAAUUCCUAACAAACUAACACAUCCCAGAUUGCAUGAGAUGGUUGUCAAGCACAUGAUUCACGGUCCUUGCGGCAAUUUACGAUCAAGCAGUCCUUGUAUGCAGGGUGAUCCUAAAAUUUGUCGUUUUCACUAUCCUAGACAAUUUAACGAACAGACGACACAAGGAGAAGAUUCGUAUCCGUUGUAUCGAAGGAGAGACACCGGGAUAGAAGUGGACCUACGAGGACAAACACUUGAUAAUAGAUGGGUGGUCCCAUAUAACCCAAGGCUUUUGAUGAUGUUUAACUGCCACAUGAAUGUUGAAGUUUGCUCAAGUAUAAAAUCUGUGAAAUAUCUUUUCAAGUAUGUUUAUAAAGGACAUGACAAACAGGUUAUUCAAGUCGAUCAAAGUGAGCCAGGGGUUGUUAUUAAUGAGAUAAAAAGAUUUCAAGAUGCACGCUACAUAUCGCCCCCAGAGGCUAUGUGGCGAAUUUUUUCCUUCUCUCUUUCUCAAAUCUUUCCUGCUGUUCUAGCCUUACAACUUCAUCUCCCAAAUAAUCAGAUGGUUAGAUUUAGAGAUGAUGACUUGAUGCCUAAUAUUGUUGAUAGGGAAAGGGAUAAGAGAACCAUGCUAACAGCAUUUUUUGAUCAGAAUAGAAACGAUGAAACAGCAAGGGUACAUUUGUAUAAAGAUUUUCCAAAACACUAUACUUGGAAUGGAAGCACACGCCGUUGGAGUCGUCGUUUCGGUAAAAAACAAAGAGGUCGUAUCGUUUCCGCUAAUCCAGCCGAAGGAGAAAGGUACUACUUACGCCUACUUUUGUCAAAUGUCAGAGGGCCUACUUCUUUCGAACAUCUUUGCACAGUUAAUGGUCAACGGUGUGCGACAUUUCGGAAAGCAGCUCUUGAGUUAGGCUUAAUAGAAGACGAUGAAUAUCUAUCACAAUGUCUCGAAGAAGCCUCUACGUUUCAGUUUCCCAAUGCUCUUAGAAGGUUAUUUGCGACCAUAAUGAUUUUUUGCGAACCUGGAGAUGUUCGAAAGUUAUGGAAUGACCACUUUGAUUCACUAUCUGAAGAUCAUCGGUUACACUGUCAAAGUAUAGAACGAGUUCAAAAUAUGGUUCUUACCGAAAUAAGUGUCUUGGUACAAUCCAUGGGUAAAAAUUUCAAUGAAUUCGACCUUCCUAAGAUAACUGACGAUGUUAACUUACAAGAUGCAGGUUAUCGUGAGUUACAAGAAGAGUAUGGGAUUGUUUUGGAACCUGAACACUUGAGUGCCAAACAUUCACUUAAUCCGGACCAAAAAAAUGUGUUUGAUGAGAUCAUGAUGCAUGUUGAUAAUGAUCUUCCAGGCGUGUUCUUUAUUGAUGGUCCAGGUGGAACUGGAAAAACAUUUUUGUACAUUGCCUUGCUUGCUGAAAUUCGGUCACGUGGUCGUAUUGCUCUCGCAACAGCUUCAUCAGGUGCAGCGGCUAAUAAUAUGCCAGGAGGUAGAACGGCUCACUCGAGAUUCAAGAUUCCUCUUAAUCUUGAAAAUAAUUCAAUGUGCAAUAUUAAAAAACAGAGUGGGGCCGCUAAACUGAUUCGCUCUGCCAAAAUAAUCAUAUGGGAUGAAGCGUCGAUGGCUAAACGACAAGCGAUAGAGGCAGUCGAUCGUACAUUCCAAGACAUUAUAGGUGUUAGUCUCCCAUUUGGUGGAAAGAUAAUGGUUAUGGGAGGUGACUUCAGACAGGUGUUGCCGGUUAUCAAACGUGGCACUCGAGCACAGAUUGUAGACUCCAGCGUACGAAUGUCACCUCUUUGGUCUUUGACUAAGAAGAUGCGGUUGACCAUAAAUAUGAGAGCGCUGAAAGAUCCAUGGUUUUCUAAAUUUCUUUUAAGAGUCGGCGAUGGAACUGAAGAACCAAUCGAAGGAAACUAUAUCCGCAUACCCGAUGACAUGACAAUUCAGUGCAACAACAAAGAAAACGCUAUAAAAGAAUUGAUCCAUGCCAUCUUUCCAUCAAUUGAAGAUAAUGUAUAUUCUUCAGAUUAUAUAAUCUCUAGAGCAAUAUUGUCCACUAAAAAUGAUAGUGUUGACGAGAUUAAUAAUCAAAUGAUUGAAAUUUUUCAAGGGGAGGAAAAAGUUUAUUACAGUUUUGAUGAAGCUGAAGACGAUCAGCGCAACUUCUAUCCGGUCGAGUUCUUAAAUUCGCUAAAUGUUAGUGGAUUGCCGCCUCAUAAGCUUCAUUUAAAAAUUGGAUGCCCAAUAAUAUUGUUACGUAAUAUCGAUCCAUCACAUGGCCUGUGUAAUGGCACGCGGUUGAUAUGUAAGGGUUUCAUGCGAAAUGUUAUUGAUGCGGAAAUUGCAGUUGGUCAACAUGCCGGAAAAAGAGUUUUUUUUGCCAAGAAUCCCUCUAACCCUUUCUGA